AUGGCCUCGCAGAACGAAUCCAUGCAAUGUAUAACUUUGACUUCUGGCGUCAUGUUUGAUCCUUCAAUGCCCUUCACAGAUCCAACGUUAAGAAUUGUUUUUUGGCGUCCGGAAUGUCCGGAAGGCACGGUCGGCGUGCGUGAGCCGAUUAUCUCAACCUCAUUCUCAAAUGCGCUUCGCAAAUCCAUCUUUGCGAAUUGUCUUUUACUGUCCGGAAUGUCCGGAAGCUGCGAUCGGCGUAUAUGA